UUUCCCACUCGUCCUAUUCGUCUUCCUUUCAGCACUCAGAGUCGUAUAUAUCAUACAUUCUCCCCCUCUCUCUCUCUCUCUCUCUCUCUCUCUCUCUCUAAGAUGGACUUCGACAGAUUCUACCUGCUGUUCAUCUUGUCGCUGCUCUGCUCACAAGCUAGGGCCGAAAGUUCUGGAUCUGUUUUCUUCAUCGACGGCUCUUCUCAGCAGUUUUUCCGCAAAUCUUCCGACGAUGUCGUCAAGCCUGACUCAAUUGUGGACACAGAAGCUGGUGCUGCGAUCUCAAUCUUGCUUGGAUUUGCACCACCUUCUACACUUUCUGCAGCCAGCUCGUCUAAGUUGAAUCAAGUUCUUGUGCCUAAUCCUUUCAAUAGGCCUCGUGCCGUUUUCAUGCUGGAAAUUAGAGGAGCUGAUGAUUCUAAACUAUUGGCAAAAGAUGAUACCAUCUUCAGUAAUGCCCUUAGUAGUAAGAUUUUUAUCAGGUCGAAGAAGGCUGAGAUUCAACUUCCAGAUGAAGAUGAAAUAGUUGUGGUCUCUUUGGAUGAACCAUUGGCAGAUUUCAACGACAAAGAACUUGGAAAUUUUGCAUCUUGGAUUGGUGGAACCUAUCUCUCUGAAAAUGAGGAACCACUGAAUGGAGAGUUGAUCAUUCCCUUGGCCACUGGUGCUAACUUGAAGCUUCAUAUGUCAAAGAAAGCAGACAGGGAAUUCACUUUGAGUGUUCUGUCUCUAGUCCGCAAUUCUAGGAGAGCAAUAGAGAUGCAUGAAGAUAUAUCUCACGGUUUGCACUAUCCAGCUGAGUUGUUGACGGGCUCUUUUGAUGGCAUCAAGGUUUUGCAAGAGCAAUAUGGACCUGAAGUUGCUGAACUAGGAAUGGACGUACUACUUGCUACAUUCUCCAAGUUGUACACUGCGUUGGAAGCCACAUACAAAGGUCAAAUAGUUGGAGUUAUCUUUUGCUAUGGCACUGAUGCUUCUCCGGAGUCAGGCAAGAUGAUGGAUGUGGUGUUUGCCCCUCGGCGCUCUGUGCGUUGGCUGGAAGAAACAGAAGCCUCAGAUGAAGUGACUCUAAGUGUAUUGUUGGUUAGACGGACCCUUGCUUGGAUCACAGGAAUUAUACUUGUCAUUGCGACACUCUUGGGGAUUUACUUCCUUUUGAAUAUGCCACUCACGAGGGAUACCCUUCUCUAUUCAAAUGUCAAGCUUGACUAAGCCUUGUGGAGCUACCUACAUCAGUGAUGAAUUGUCAGAAGACGGCCAGGUUGCGUUCGGGUUAAGUAGAUUUGCUUUCUGAAUAUACGUCGCAUGCAUGUCGAGUUUAGCAUUUUUUAUAUGAAAACUGCUUAUUAUUUCUGUGGUAUUAAACAGAGGUAGCUCUUAGGUAAUCUGAGUUUUCUCGUCCAGGCACUGGUGGCCAGAUCAAUUCGGGAAUUUUCUUUAGUGGAAAGCUUUUUGAUAGCCACAUUUUCUUUUUUUUGAAUGUAAAGCAUGGGACUGGGCAACAUGGAUGGGGAAGAACUUCGUGUGCUGAUCUGAUAAUAAUGGUCAUGAAAGGAGGGUCUACCGUGAUUGUAUUUGUUCAUUAGAUUAUAAUACCUUGUGUAUUUUCCGAGCUCUAAAUAAUGAAAACGCAUUUGAAUAUUAUUUUUCCGGUUA